ACAAUCUGCCAUUGAUGUGUUUCAUUAUUCAUUAUCCGUACAUAUUAUGUGCUGUGAUAGAGUGACCUUUUUAUCUAAGUUUUCGAUUACAAUGAACACUAGUUGCUGUGUUGUGAUACUGUUAAUGUUUACAAACAUUGUGAUUGUGUUAGGGGGCGCGGAGCCUUCAGAAUGUGAAAAUAAACCGAGUGAAAAGCACUGCAUUGUCGAGUACUCGUCGCGGUAUAGAGUCAGACACACGCCCAGGUAUAUUUACGACUGGGCCACCAGAAGGUGCAUAAUGCUUCGCUGGGCCAGCUACUGCCCUCUGCCGGCGGGCAACAAAAACAACUUCUUCAGUGAAUCAGAGUGCUACUUUCAGUGCGGUGGAUGGGCCUGAAUAUUGCAGAGUAAUGAAAACCGUCCCGCUAUUAGUAAAAGUGUUGCACUUGCAUUAACCAACACUGAAUACUUUA